CCCUGUCUGUGAGUGCUUUGGGACGGGGGCGGGGCCGGCGGCGGCAGCUGCUGUGGCAAGUUGAGAAGAGUCAGUACAGACACAUCAGAGUCUACAAAAGUCUCCAGUAACACAAGAAAAAGUCGCCAGAUUUGUCGCUAGUCGCUUUUAAAAAAAAAUGUCGCUAGAGGGAUUUGAAAAGUCGCUAAGUUGGCAACACUGGCUCUGCUUUCUCUCUUUACACUGCUGCGUCUGCGCGGUGCCAGUAGUGCGCAUGUCCGCGCAACUCACCGCGACUGAAGAGGACAUUUUAAACUCUUCUUCCGAGACAAGUCUGGAGUGGAUAUCUGACCCCCCCAAAGCGUGGGAAAAAAUUCAGCUGAAGCUGGGACUGGCUUCAGUCCAUCCUGUCUACCAAGGCUGUAAUCCAAAAUAUCAAAACCAAUCAAAAACAUUGUGGACUAAAUGGAUUGCGAAGAAAGACGCCAACAAGCUUCGGCUGGACCUGCUUUUUGCUCAGAAUGACCAAUCACCUGUCACUAUUCUGUUACUUGAGUCUGAUGAACCAGUGAAACAUCCUCUCAAUGGAAGAAUGCAACAACAGGUUGUUGCUCCACAGGCAUUUACUCAGCCUAAUAAACCUCAGGAUUUGGAGACACACCUACAUCAUGCACAGGGUCUAGAUUUGGGAAAAGUCACAAGAAAUGGAUUUCACUUAGGGUUCUUCUACAAUGGAUCAUGCAUGUUAAUUUCCUCUGUACGGGUCUUCUACCUGAAAUGUCCAGAGCUUACAGUUAACCAGACUAUUUUUGGAGAGGCAUCAGAAGGGUCAAGCUGGAUCAGUGGCCGCUGUGUGGAUGGAGCUAAAGCAAUAUCGACUCCACAGAUUGAGUGCGAGUCGAAUGGACAGUGGGGUGUAAUGAAAGGAUUGUGCAUCUGUGGAGCUGGUUAUCAAAGAGAAGGGAGCAUGUGUAAAGCUUGUGGUAUGGGGAGCUACAAGCCUUCCAGUGAUAGUGGAGAAUGCCAGCUUUGCCCAUUCAAUAGCAGAACAUCCUCGGAAGGGGCUUCACAGUGUGAUUGUGACGAGGGAUAUGCCCGACUGGAGAAUGACCCACCGCAACUAGGCUGUACAAAAUCUCCAUCUGCACCACUCAACUUAACCAUCCAUGAAUUGAGUAACACUGCCCUGAUUGUGAACUGGGAAAUGCCUGCAGACCUGGGUGGAAGAAAGGAAGUGAUGUACGAUGUGGAGUGUAGACAAAAAGCAGGAGUACCUCAUACUCCCUGGGUUCCAUGCAACAGUACCAUAUUAAUAAGUCCACAGUCCACGGGACUAACAGAGACAGUCGUCAACAUUACUAGGCUACAACCACAUGUGAGCUACCAGAUAUCUGUCAGAGCAUACAAUGGGAUAUCUCAGACACUGGGCACAUCUGGAUCUGCACAGUCCAUUUCUAUAUUGAAGACUCAAGUAGUGGUUACUGUUCCUCCUGUUCCUACACCAAGCCCUGCUGUUCAGACACAGCUUGAAAUUCCAGUCAUUGCCGGUGUGCUGUGUGGAAUACUGCUCCUCCUGGCUCUGCCAGCAGCUGUCCUUUGCUUUACAGGCAAAGGUUAUAGUAAAUUCAGGUUUGGAGAAGAUCAUGAAGUGGAGCUCGUUCCUUUACAGGACAUUGGCACGGCGUACAGACGCACUGAAGAGCCAUCAGCUACAUCUUCUCAACAAAUGACCAGUUCUGUUCAGGUUUUGGACAGCGUGAGUGAAAGACUGCUAUCUGGUAUUAAAGACGUGUUUGUAGACCGUAGCCGAGUCACACUGGGCAAAGAGCUUGGAAAAGGAGAAUUUGGGGCAGUCUAUGAGGGCAUCUUCUUAACAGAAGAUGAUCAGAACAUUCAAGUAGCAGUGAAGACCAUGAGAGUUGGAAUUUACAGCCAGGAUGAUCUCCAGUCAUUUCUUAAGGAGGCUGAAAUUAUGCAGCACUUUGACCAUGAUAACAUAGUAAAACUUCUAGGUGUCACACUGGAGACAGUGCAGGACUCUUCCAUCCCUGUUCCACUUGUCAUCCUGCCAUACUUAAAGCAUGGAGAUCUGAGACGGUUUCUUAUAGCCACUCGCUAUGGUGACAUUCCAAUGUUUGUGCCACAUCAGAGUCUGCUACGCUUUAUGAUUGACAUUGCAUCCGGGAUGGACUAUCUCAGCUCUAAGGGCUUUUUGCAUAGAGAUUUGGCAGCACGUAACUGCAUGUUGGGAGAUGAUCUGCGUGUACGUGUGGCUGACUUCGGCCUAUCCAAACAGAUCUUCAGCAGUGACUAUUACAGACAGAGGGUUGCUAUCCGCAUGCCAAUCAAGUGGAUGGCUAUUGAGAGCCUUUCUGAAUCCAUCUACACCAGCAAGAGUGAUGUGUGGUCCUUUGGAGUGACCAUGUGGGAGAUUGUGACUAGAGGAAAGACUCCAUAUCCUGGUAUCCCCAACCAUGAGCUUUUGGAAAUGCUGGAGAGCGGACAUCGCCUCAACCAGGGGGACUGUGAUAGUAAACUCUAUGAGGUGAUGCUAAGCUGCUGGCACAAAGAGCCCUCUCAGCGGCCUUGUUUUGCGGAGCUGGCGCAGAGUCUCAAAGCUCUACUGUGUGAGCUUCCGCCCUUGGAGCCCAGUAAAGAGAGCUACUACAUCAACCAGGGCCUGGAGGCAGCCAACGCCAGCCAGAGCAAUGCUGCAGAGCCUGACACCGAGGGAGCUGUAGGAAACAUUUACUUACCCUCGCCACUGGCCAAAACAACCUGUGCUAAAGAGAAAGAAGAGGAGAAGGAAGAAGGAUAUCUGCUCUGUAAUGGUGUCGAUUUGACAGUUCACGAUAAACUGUCGAAAUAAAUUAGGUACAAAAUGUUGUUGUUUCUUUUUGCAGUGUUAUGUUUGUACAGUAAUGUAUACUUUGUUUAUGUGUACACAGUGCAAAUUCAGAGAUAUAUAUUUUUACAUUUUUGUAGCUUUUUAAUAAAAAUAUUUUAA